CUUAAAUUAGUACGUCAAAGCAAUCAGUCGGUAUUCGAGGUUGAAAGCGAACGACGGCGUGACAGUGACUAGUGGCAGUUGAAUAAAAGCCGAAGCUAAGGAACAACGUAAACCUUCCUGAUUACUUUUUGCACAACUAAAAAUGUCUGCUACAGCCGAGAAUGUGCAGCAAGUGGCCGUUGUGACGGGCGCAUCUGCUGGUAUUGGCGCUCAAAUUGCUAUACUUUUGGCGAACAAAGGCAUAACCGUUGUGGGAUUGGCACGACGAUCCGAAUUGAUCGAGGAUUUGAAUAAACAAGUGUCAGGCGACGGAAAAAUUCAUGGUCGCCACUGUGAUCUCAGCCACGAGGAAUGCAUUACAGCCGCUUUCAAAUAUGUACGUGAGAAUUUUCCACCAAUUACAAUACUCGUAUGCAAUGCAGGCAUGUUGAAGGCGAAUUUUAUAUCAGAAUCCACUGGUAAGGAUAUCAAAGCUUUGUUCGAUCUUAAUGUUGUGGCCACAUCCAUUUGCCUACGAGAAGGAGUGAAGCUAAUGAGUGCAAGUAAAGUAAAGGGCCACAUUAUUAUAAUGAACAGCAUCCUCGGACAUCGCAUACCGGAAGUGCCGGUGCCGUUAUUUAGUGUUUACCCUGCGACGAAACAUGCUCUAACGGCACUAUGCCAAACCGUCCGUCAGGAGAUUCAUUUUCUGAAAUUAAAUAUUAAAUUAACGAGCAUUAGUCCAGGUAUGGUAGAUACGGAUUUGUUGAACGUUUAUUCUAAAGCUGUUGCCGAAUUGCCAAAACUGCAGGCCGAAGAUGUAGCCCAAGCGGUUAUAUAUGCAUUAGAAACACCCGAUUAUGUACAGGUUGAAGAAAUCGUUCUGCAGGCUAUGGCGCGUUUUAAUGCUUAAUGUCUGCCUAGGCAUUUCUAUAUGGAGCUAUAUUUGUAGGCAUGACAUAUCGAUAUAUUUUUCUUAUUCAUAAAAUUAUCUUUAAUUAUAGAAUGCGAAUGCGAAUGCGUACAUAAUUGCUUAAAUAAUGUAUUUUUAGUGCAUUUAAUAAAAACCGAAACCCUCUUCUAUUGAA